AUGGCUGGUCAGACCCCAGUCAUGGUGGCAGCUAUGUGUGGUCAAAAAGACGUUUUUGACUUACUGGUGUUCAAUGCAUGUGAUCUCACCCUUGUUAAUGAUGAAGAUUUUGGUGUGUUACAUUAUGCUUGUGAAGGUGGUAACACUUCUAUUGUUCAACAUCUUAUCACAGUAUGUGAUAUUAACAAGAAAGGGCGUGAUGGUCGCACCCCAGUCAUGGUGGCAGCUCGGUGUGGUAAAAAAGACGUUUUUGACUUACUGGUGUCCAGUGCAGCUGAUAUCACCCUGGUUGAUGAUGAAAAUGACAGUGUGUUACAUUAUGCUUGUCAAGGUGGUAACACUUCUAUUGUUCAACAUCUUAUCACAGUAUGUGAUAUUAACAAGAAAGGGUGUGAUGGCCGAACUCCAGUCAUGGAGGCAGCUCUGUGUGGUCAAAAGGAAAUUUUCGACAUACUGGAGUCCAAUGCAGCUGAUCUCACACUGGUUGACGAUGAAGAUGAAGGUGUAUUACAUUAUGCUUGUGAAGGUGGUAACACCUCUAUUGUUCAACACCUUAUCUCACCAUGUGACAUCAACAAAAAGGGCUAA